ACUCUGUCUGACUCUUCUGCACACUACGGACGUAACCUGUCGUUGAGCCGUAGAACUAGGAAAGGAAUUUAGCUGGUCUUCUCUGCUGCCACAGCUGUAACAACCACUACUGUGACAGCUGCACCGACGAAACAGCAACAGUGCAGUAAAUGACGGGAGUCUGGUGGGCGUCAUGAAAGUCGGCAAGUUCCUUCGGAGCUAAGUUUCGUGCACCUGUCAUGGCGUUUCUGUGCCCUGUGAGAAUACGACGAGGGAAACGAAAGAAAGAAAGCAAUGACAAGCUCUCUGCACGCACACCAAGCAUUGGCCGCAUCACAGGAAGUGCCAGCAUCGAAACACUGGUUCGUGUGGGCAUCGAGAAAGAACAUGGCUUGUCACCCGACUCCAAAGUGGUAGUGCUGCACGAUUUCACACCCUGUGUCGACGAUGAGCUUGAGGUGCGACGUGGUCAAAUCGUCAAUGUGCUGUACCAGGAGAAUGAUUGGGUGUACGUCAUUGCUUCCGAGACUGGUCAGGAAGGCUUCAUUCCUCACUCGUACUGUGCUCCCUAUGGCAGCCAGCUGGGAGAGCUGGCCCUGACAGUGCGCCACAAAAAGCUGCCGCGUGGGCUGGAUGACGACCUCUUGGAGCAGGCAUCAUCACGUUCUGUGGACAGUGGACAGCAAUCGGAUGCUGAAAGCUUUGGUGUUGCUGCCACCACUGAACACUCCACGACUCCACCAGAUGUGCACCCAUUCUUCAAGGACCCAGCCGGCCGGUAUGUGGUUUUGUACACAUUUGUGGCUCGUGAUGAGAAUGAUGUGAGUGUCGAACGUGGUGAACUGGUGACAGUGUUGAAUCACGAGGACCCGGACUGGUUCUGGGUGCUUCGUUCCGACGGCCAGGAAGGAUUCGUGCCCAGCGCAUUUGUGUGCCCUGCGGUGGCAGACUCUGCACAGGAGAGCCAAGGAACCGUGCAUGGUGCCAUGCAGCCAGGCAGUAAUGCGGUCUCUGCCAGUGGCCAUCAUGGCAACGUGUCAAGCACAGCGGCUGCUACCGAAGAGCUGCGCUUCCAUGGCAGCGAGCUGGUGAUGCUUUACGACUAUAAGGCGCAGGCCCCGGAUGACUUGACUGUGCGCCGCGGUGACUGGGUCUAUGCUGACCUCGCCAAUCAGACAGUGGAAGGGUGGCUCUGGGCCUAUGCACCGAAGGUGCACAAGUAUGGUUUCAUCCCAAAGGCCUAUGCUCGGCCACCUGCCAUGACCUCAUUGUGACCCUUGUACUCAGGGGUAGUGUCGGAAAGGAAUGCACACAAUGUGAUUUUGUUUGCUUAUUUAGUAAAUGCAAUGCACU